CAGACAAGAAUAUUGGACUGAGUUGCCAUUUCCUUUUCCAGGGGAUCUUCCCGACCCAGGGAUCAAACCUGAGUCUCCUGCACUGGCAAACAGAUUCUUUACUGCUGAGCCAUCAGGGAAGCCUUAUGAAAGUUAAUGAUAGUUAAUUCUUUGUGGUGCCUGGAUUAGUGAUAAGAGUUGCCGAAUCCUUAAAUCUGAUUGUUGUCUUUUGGGAUUCAAAAUUACUCUUAGGAAGGUGUAUCCAUGUGGAGGAUAGUUUUAGAAGUCUGUUUUUAAUUUUUUUAAAUUGAUCAUCUUUGAACAGAUACAACAACGUGGCAAGAAUUAUACUUGGAUAAUCUGGUUGACGGGAGAAUUGGUUAUUUCAGUGUGGUUUGCCAUAAUAGGUCUGCAUAAAGAACAUGAAAUAAAAUGACAAAGCGGUUUUAAGACUAAGUAAAUUUCCAUAUUUUGGAGAGGACAUAAAAAGUAUGUAGAUAAAGUCUUGAUGAUUUUCAGGGUGAGGAGGUCUAAGAGUAAGUGCCAGCACUCUUUAUUUUCUUAUAGAGACUAACACACGAGAAGGCACAUCUUAGCAGGUGGAUUACUACUUUAUUUUUGAAAGGUUUUGGGUAAAUUGUGCUAUGGUAAAAGGAACCCUUGACUGAGUAUCAGGACCCAGAAUUCGCCAGGGUUUUGCCACUGUUCACAAGACCUUUGGAUGCUCAUGUGAGCUUCUGAUUCUCAGUUUCCUUAUCUGUAAAAUGGAGAAGGAGUGGGCAACACAUCUAUUCAUUCUAAAUUCUCUUAACAUCUAAUGUUCCUCUUCUCAGACGUUUCCUUGGGAGGAAGGGGUAGAUGCGGAGCUUCUCAAUAGACCUCCUUUUUGGGGGGAAAUAAAUCUUAAUUUCCUGUUCAUCUUAAAUGGUCCAGUGAAUAUAUUAGACCUGCAGAAGCAGAAUUCUCUGGGAACCCUCCAGCCCUUCCCUUAAUGGAGUGAAGGCCUCCUGAGCCCAAGGCUGCCGAGUGCAGGUGCUGGGCGCUGUGUCUGUUCAGAGUGGAGGCUCACCAAGUGUCUGUUGACUGAAUUAAUAAAGAGGUGUCUCUGGAGCUUUUGUAAAUCUGCCCAUUGUGGCAUCCAGCAGAGGGAAAGGCCCUGUCCCUUCCCGUAAGGAGUUCCUAAUCUUGGUGAAGUCAAGCUGUAAAUGCACGUUCCUUUCAGUCGUUUUACAGGAGCUGUGUUUAUGAGGCCAUGUAGGAUGAAUUGUCAAGUGGUUGAUACAGACAAUAAAUGCUUAAGAGUUCAGAGUAGAGGGGAGGGAGGUGGAGCCAGUCAGGGAAGACGGCAGGAGUGAAUUUCAGGCUCUAUUCUUGGAAGAAUCCAGGUGCUGCUGACAGAAAUAGCAAAAUCAGAAGGGAAGCCUGGUUUGAAAGGAAGAAUAGGGACUUGGUUUGGAGUUCAGACAUCCCAGCGAGAAGGACGGAGCACCUCCGUUUCAUGUGUGGAGUUUGGACGUCAGCUGUAACUUGCAGUUUGAGAAGGUUCAGUUUCUGCCAUGACCUCAUGCUGCUGAUGGGCUCCUGACCACCAGUGAAUUUUCUAUCCCAGGCGAGAAACAAACCAAACAGCUCCACUUGUCUGUCACCUGAACCUAUUAAAAUUCCAAGGGACGUGUGUUAUUUAAGAUUUCUUUAUGUCUGUUUGGAACUAAAUAAUUCAUGCUGGCAAGCAUUUCGUUUACAACAGAGAGGGAGCAUGUUCUGGUGGGAGGGAGAAUAAAAGAGCCUUUGAUUCAUUUGCCUCAGGGUUCCCGCGGGAGGGCCCAGGCUGCCUUGGGCUAGCAUCUUAUUUUGGACUUUGGAAGCCAUCUUAGCUCAGCUGCGUGAGUGCCAGCCAGCGCUGGAGGAAAAGAGAAUAACCCCGUUGGAUCAUAUGAAACCCCCUCCUGACUGCGGAUGGAAGGGUUUCUCCCAUUUCACAUUCCUUGCAUUAAUAUGGUGGCUCACUUCCCCCAAGUGAGAGCUCCAUGUGAAUCUGCCACUUGCACUUGGAUUGAAGUCACAAGGCUUCAGGGACUCUGUCUCAGUCCACGAAAGUACAAGAAACUUACCAAGACCCGGGUCUCUUUCUGCUCCCCGUCUUAGGCAACAGGCACAAAUAAAAUCAGCGUUCUUUUCUUCUUUAGAUUACUGCUGGGGAAAAGUGGCUCAUUAUACCAUGGAUUUCCCCGGUCCUUAAAUAAGUAGCCUCUUCAUUUGCCAAUGCUGGGGGAGCCCUAAAGAAUCGGAGAUGGAGAUGCAGGCCUGUGGAAUUACUGGGGAAAGGCAUUUUAGGAACUGGAAAACUUUUUCCCAUUCUAGGCUUGUCUGUGUAAGCACCUCACCUCCUACAAGAAUGCAUUAGCUGGAAAAGAAUCUUGUCUAUUUUAAGCAAUUCUUUUAUUCAUGGAAGCAAAAUGCUUCCUUACUGAAAAGUUCUCAUUGCUGAAUGCAUAUGAAGUAGAACCCAGUAACUUUUGACCCUCCCACAGCCUGCUAUUAAAAAAAAAAAAGUUAAGACUCUGCACCGAAAUGCAUGCUUGGUCGUUAUCUGGGUUACAUUAGCCCUUGAAGCAUUCUGAUUACAACUUGUAGCUGCCAAGCCCUGUCCUGCAGUGUUAUCUGGUACAAAAAUUUUCCAUGUGGUUGUUUUUAGCAGAGCUACUAUAUGCAAACUGCACGUGAAGAUGUGAGUUGCAAAGAAAUAGAGCUUCUAGGAGGGGAAAUGCAUGGAAGAGGAGAUGGUUUGUGUUACGCAGUGGCCGUUUAACUGGAGACCCAGAUGUCUUGGAAUAUUACAAAAAUGAUCACGCCAAGAAGCCUAUCCGUAUUAUUGAUUUAAAUUUAUGUCAGCAAGUUGAUGCUGGAUUGACAUUUAACAAAAAAGAGUUUGAAAACAGCUACAUUUUUGAUAUCAACACCAUUGACCGGAUUUUCUACUUGGUAGCCGACAGCGAGGAGGAAAUGAAUAAGUGGGUUCGUUGUAUUUGUGACAUCUGUGGGUUUAAUCCUACAGAAGAAGAUCCUGUGAAGCCACCUGGCAGCUCCUUACAGGCACCAGCCGAUUUACCAUUGGCCAUAAGUGCAGCACCACCGUCCUCCCAGGGGGAUGCCUCCUCUGCUGCUGCGCCGCCUCCCUAUCAGCUCAUCAGCCUUCCACCACACCUGGAAACCCUUGGCAUCCAGGAGGAUCCUCAAGACUACCUCUUGCUAAUCAACUGUCAAAGCAAGAAGCCUGAACCCAGCAGCCAAGGGUCAUCUUUUGUUUCUGAAGAAGGAGAGGAAUACCUACUGCUAGAAGAUUUUGAAAGCAAAACGAUUCCAUUGCAAACGCAUGCUGAAUCUGCAAAAUCCACCUCUUCGGAAACCGACUGCAAUGAUAACGUCCCUUCUCAUAAAAACCCCGCUUCCUCCCAGAGCAAACAUGGAGUGAACGGCUUUUUCCAGCAGCACAUGAUGUACGACUCUCCACCGUCUCGCGCUGCAUCCCUCUCCGUAGACUCCAGCCUUUAUAACCUGCCCCGCAGUUACUCCCACGACGUUUUACCAAAGGUGUCUCCAUCGAGUACCGAAGCAGACGGAGAACUGUACGUUUUUAACACCCCGUCUGGGACCUCGGCCGUGGAGCCUCAAAUGAGGCAUGUAUCUAUUAGUUAUGACAUUCCUCCAACACCUGGUAAUACUUACCAGAUUCCACGAACAUUUCCAGAAGGCGCCUUGGGGCAGACGUCAAAGCUAGACACUAUUCCAGAUAUUCCUCCGCCUCGGCCACCGAAACCGCAUCCGGCUCAUGACCGAUCUCCUGUGGACACGUGUAGCAUCACACGCACGGCCUCGGACACUGAUAGCAGUUACUGUAUCCCAACAGCCGGCCUGCCGCCCUCACGUAGCAAUACCAUUUCCACUGUGGAUCUGAACAAAUUGCGAAAAGAUGCUAGUUCUCAAGACUGCUAUGAUAUUCCACGAACAUUUCCAAGUGAUAGAUCUAGUUCCCUCGAAGGCUUCCACAACCAUUUUAAAAUCAAAAACAUAUUGACAGCGGGAAGUGUAUCAAGUGAAGAACUGGAUGAAAAUUACGUGCCCAUGAAUCCCAACUCUCCACCACGACAACAUUCCAGCAGUUUUACAGAACCAAUUCAGGAAGCAAAUUAUGUUCCAAUGACUCCAGGGACAUUUGACUUUUCUUCAUUUGGAAUGCAAGUGCCUCCUCCCGCUCAUAUGGGCUUCAGGUCCAGCCCCAAGACUCCUCCCAGAAGGCCAGUUCCUGUUGCAGACUGUGAACCACCCCCCGUGGAUCGGAACCUCAAACCAGACAGAAAAGGUCAAAGUCCUAAAAUUUUAAGACCCAAACCCCAUGGUUUAGAGCGAACUGAUUCACAAACCAUAGGUGACUUUGCUACAAGAAGAAAGGUCAAGCCAGCACCUUUAGAAAUAAAACCUUUGCCAGAAUGGGAAGAAUUACAAGCCCCAGUUAGAUCUCCCAUCACUAGGAGUUUUGCUCGAGACUCCUCCAGGUUUCCGCUGUCUCCCCGGCCGGACUCUGUGCACAGCACAACUUCCAGCAGCGACUCGCACGACAGUGAGGAGAAUUACGUCCCCAUGAACCCCAACCUGUCCAGCGAGGACUCCAAUCUUUUUGGCAGUAAUAGUCUUGAUGGAGGAAACAGCCCAAUGAUCAAGCCCAAAGGAGACAAACAAGUGGAAUACCUAGAUCUAGAUUUAGAUUCUGGGAAAUCCACACCACCACGUAAGCAAAAGAGCAGCGGCUCAGGCAGUAGUGUAGCCGACGAGAGAGUGGACUAUGUGGUGGUUGACCAACAGAAGACCCUCGCUCUGAAAAGCACCCGGGAAGCCUGGACCGAUGGGCGGCAAUCCACAGAGUCUGAAACACCAGCCAAGAAUGUGAAAUGAAAAGACUGCUUUGAUGUGUCUGAACAAAAGAGGACUGAACUGUAAAGAGAAAUCCUGCUUGACCCGAGAUAACUUGACCCUUCUACUCUAGGUAGAUCCUCAACUAAGUAGAGUCAAAGUCAGAGGACCUUUCAGGCUUAAUCAAGCUGUCAAGACUGUAAAUGGUGCUUUGUGGUAUCUGAACAAUUCAUCACAUGUAAAUAAUGUGGGAAAAUACUAUUGUUUGGCUCCCAGAGAAACAUUUGUUCUGUAGUUAACACACUUGUAGUAUUACUGUAUUUAUGCACUUUUUCAUUUGAAGCAUUGGUUUGGGUAUUCCCAAGUGGACCUUAACAUGAUUCUGUUGGGAGUUCUUGUUUUUUUCUCACACUACUCUUAAGAGCGAUGCUGAGUAAACUAAGCUACUUUCCCAUUGAGAAACUGCUCUUUCACCUGCAGGAUAACAACAUGGCCCGAGAAGUACCUUCACAAUCUGCCAUUCUACCUGAAACUUCGUGGGGUAAUCGUUAGCUUAAAAUACAAAGUAGAGUUGAACUCAUCAUUCAAUGCCUUUCAAAGUGCUGAAUGAACAUCGUGUCCAUACUGGUGUCAGGACUUAGUUCUCUGGUUCAUGGACAUUUAGUUUUCAGCGGUGGAACCUUAUUAUAUUUUGUUAAUUAUAGUGUUUUUGGUUCACUGAGUGAAGAUUCUGCCAGGUGGGCUCUUACACCUUGGAAAGAGUGAAUAAUGACACUAACAAGUAAGUGUACAAAUCACUCAUGGCAUGUGGUAAGGAUGUGCUUUCACACUUGUUACCAUGUAUUAAAAUUUGCAAAGUGUAGAUUAUACAGCUAAUCAGGUACGUACCAGGCACUGAUGUGCUAAUACACUGAUCAGGUUUAUGCAACAAGCUUUAGUUGUGUUCUUGUUAAUCCUCUAACGUUGUUGGUUUCCAGUUUGGAAUUAAUGACACAGUUGAUAUUCACUGUUAGUUAUAGCAACAUACUGUGACUUUUAAUUAGACAGUCAUGCAGAUUUAUUGCUCUAAGAAUGAAAUUCUAUCUUUUGACGCCAUAGUGCCCUUUCUAUGGUUUUUUUUAAAACUUAAUAUUCUUCUUGGCCUUAUCCUAUUUAAAUCCCUAUGCAAUUAAUGUUUUAUAUCUGCAUUGUUUUUUUUAAAUAGAUGUUAUAUAAGUGAUUCUCAUAUGUAGCACCUAUAUUGCUUUUCCAGUAAAAAAAAAACAUUAACGAUUUUGUACUGUGAUUUAUAUUCACCGUCCCAAUUCAAGAAAUAGUGGAGCCUUGCUAUAAUGUGAAAUCUUAUAGCCAUGGACUUCUUCCAACUAGAUUUCUGAAACCACCAGAGGUAUCAUAUAAUUCUGUCUCACCUAUAACAUGGUCCUGUGACAUGGAAAUCAAGACCAUACAUUAUAUAUAGUGAGGCUAUAAUUUAUCUGUCUUGGCUUUGCAAUGUAAUUUAGAAAGCAGAUAUACUUGUUGGUUUGGUUGGGUUUUAAAUACAUUACAUACAAUCUCUUAUGUACUGAUUUGAGACUUACUAACAGUUUUUGGAGGGGGCAUAGAGAUCGGAGAGCCUACAGCUGAGUCACGUUCCCCCACCCCACUUCGGACCUCUACCUGUUGCCUGAGAACACAGAUGUGCCCUGAUUUCUGGCCUUUUGGCCACUGUAUGGUGCCUGACUUAUGUAAUGGGUUUAUGUCCCCUCCAUGAACUAAAAAAACAUUCAUAACAAGAUGAAUUGUAGACGAAUAACAUUUGAUGCUUUUAAAUGUUUGCUUCUUUUUAAACAGAAACUAAACCCAGAACUGAAUUUUGAGGUGGGUUUUUAAAUAAAAAAGAUUGUUUGAGUUUGGUGUGUGCAAGCUGUUUUAUAAUGAAACCACAAAAUAAAGUAAAAAAUCAUUGAAAUGUUCAACUAUCAAAACACACAACACAGUUUUUAGUGUGAGGAUACUUACUUGUGUCGCAUGGAGGAUAAACAUGUUUUGAGAUUUAGAACAUAACAAUAGAUAUGUGACUAAUUCAAAGUUAGAAAUAUUGUUUUAAAAGUGACCUAUCAGAAAAGCCUAAGGCAAUUAUGAAUUUUUUAGUGGAAUUCCUCAAUAUUUUACAAGUUAUCAUUUUUGAAGACCCGCAACACUAAUUUGUAGAAAUUUCCCCAUUAGGCUGAGUAAUUUAAGAACUGAAAUGUAUUAGGCAGUAUGUUAAAGUAAAUCGCAUUAAAUACUGGAUUAACAAAUUAAAUGGAAAGACAGUCUCUUACAGAACAGUAUCUCCCAAACAUUUUUUAGCACUAGAAUCUUUUUUAAGUAAACUUUGUAUAAGCCCAAUACAUAAAGCCUGAAAAGUCCGUUUAAUCAGUGUAAUCAUAUCUUGAGUCCACAUGUAUGUCUGCUUGUCUUAGUCCAUUACUAAGAAUCUAACAUUGAUCUCUAAGUAACACAAAUGUGAAGUUGAGAUUAUAGUUGGUGAAGCCUCAGCUGCCAGUCUGUUUCUUUGCCUUAUUAUUUAAGUACUAUCAAGAGAAUUUUGGUUCAUGCAAAUGUAAGUAAGUAAAAUAAUAGGGUUUAAACACACAUUACAGGAGAUUCUUUAACUAGAGAGAGUUACAGUCGUAUUCCCAGUUUAUACAAAAGUAAAUUAUCCUGGUAGUAGGAAUUUAUACGUAAGCGGUCUCCAGUGUGGUAGAAUUUUUAGUAAGUUUUUAAACUAUGCACUUUUAUAAAAACCAAAUUUGAAUCAAACAUUUUUAAUACCUAUAUGUGUGUGUGUAUGUGUAUAUAUAUAUACACACAUAUGCGAGCAUGCUCAAGUUGUGUCUGACUCUUUGCAACUCCAUGGACUGUAGCCCCGCCACACUCCUCUGUCCAUGGAAUUUUCCAGGCAAGAAUACUGGAGUGGGUUGUCAUUUCCUUCUCCAGGGGAUCUGCCUGACCCAGGGAUCGAACCCAGGUCUCUUGUGCCUCCUGCAUUGCAGGCAGAUUCUAUACCAUUAAGCCAUUGGGGGAACAGACCCCUUAAUACCCUUAAUCCCUACAAGAAGCUGAGUUCUGGCCAGACGUGUGUUGAACACCACUUGUUAACCAUGUAACAGUUGAGUUAUAAAUCAGAAGUCUUUUUCAACGUUUAUGCUCUCUCCCUUCUAGUCUUUCUUUUGAAAAACUGUACAAUUUCAUGAAAGUUUGAAUCCCACUGUGCAGUGCCACUUUAAAAAAUCAAAAUUCAAAUAAUUUAAGCUACUUAACCCACAGGAGGUAUCACUCAGUAAGCUAUAAAAAUGGUUUUUAUCUACAUGCCAUACAUUUUCAUCUUUAUGUUUCAUCAAUACUGUAUAAGCCACUGUAGGCAUUUUAGAGACUUCCAUGAAGGUACUAUGAGUGUGUGUAUGUAUAUAUAGCAUUGUGUUUAAUCAUAGACUAAUUAGAUACAGAAAUACUACCAUGCUUACACAGUGAUGUCGUAAGUCAUAGUUCCCUCUGAACUCUUUAUAUUUAAUUCAUGGGCGCUUAUAAUCUUCAUAUUCAUAAACUCACUCAAACUGGAAAUUGAACCCAGUGUUUGUUUUGCUAGUAGUGGGAAGUUGCCUGCAUUCCCCCUUUAGCAAAAAUAGUAUUUUUUGUCUUGUUGAGCUACUCACUAUUUUAUGCCUGUACACUGUACCUUAGGCAUAAUGCUUAGAUACUCCCAGACACUCUUAGUACCUCUUUAUUUGACCCAUUGGAAGCAUCAGUGUUAGUAUUUCAAGUGAAUUAUCUUUUUAAAAAUUUUAGAAACAGCAAUGUGGGCCAAUUCUUUUUAUUCCUAUCUUCGGGUCAUUGUGGUUGGUCUUAUCCUCCAUUGUUAGAUAAGCAGUCAGCUUUUUAACAGGAUUGACAUAACAUGACCAAACCAAGUGGAUCCAGAGAGAGGGGGUCAUACUCCAGAAAAACAUUAACAUCUGCUUUAUGUAAAUCUGUACAUAAUUUAAAAUACUAACAACUGUGAGAUGAAAAGCCAUGGUACAAAUGAAUAUUUUAGACAUCAUGGGCUUGUGAUGAUGAGAAAUCACUUGUCAGGUUUUGAGAUGAUUGGUUUUAAUCUGAUAAAUAUGUUUAUAUAUUACUGCAACUUGAAAUAAUUCAUCCUCCAUAGGUCUAUCUUUCCUUAGGUUCAGUAUGGUGUAUAUUAUGAGUUUCAACAGUCUGUUUCAUCAAGGGAUUAACCUAGCUUCUUGCUUCCUUUACUAAAAAGACAUGACUUUGUGUGAGUUCUUGUAACCUAAAUCGAUUGUUGCUAACCAUCCCAAAUUUCCACAGCAGAAUCUUAUGUAUAAAUUUAUUUCUCCCUUCUUUUGUAAAGAUCCAGUUGUCGAUAUUUUCUGCUACCAAAUAAAACUUUUCAAACAA